UGUCAGAUUAGCAGGUUCACAUAGAGCUUAAAUUAGUCUGUCAGAUUAGCAGAUCCACAUUAGUUGUUCCACCAGUCGUCGCAGGCAGAGCAUCAGAAGAUGAGUUCCCUAACGGUGUUUGGUUUACUGUGUCUUGCCAUGGCAAUACAACCAGGAUUUGCCGAUCUUAUCGGAUACAAGAUAGUUGUAAAAACAGGUGAUAAACUGGCAGCAGGAACUGGCGCUAAUGUUUUCAUCAGUUUGUUUGGUUCAAAGGGAACAACUGGCAGGAUUCCUCUUCCACAUCAUCAUAAUGACAGCUUUCAGAGGGGCGUCACAGAUGAGUUCAAUGUGACUUCCUUCAACGUUGGACGCAUUCACUCUAUUGAAAUUGGACAUGACAACGUUGGAUUGUUUGCAGGCUGGUUCCUUGAUCAUGUCAUCGUGACCCAAGCAUUGGCAGAACUGGACGAUAAUACAGAGAAACCUGGCUGCACCAUAUACAGAUUUGACUACAACAACUGGAUCGCUAAAGACGAAGGGGACCAUUCGCUUGUCAAGAGCAUCAAAGUCGCAUCGACAGACGUCAAACCAGCUUAAAAGCAAUACGCAUGCACAAACUCCCUUCACGGGAAGAUUUGGAUUUAAAAUUAAAAAGAAAUCUAAAAUAUUAAUCUAUGAUUUUAAAAUAUGUUCUUUUAAAAAUUAUUUUUAGUGAAGGUAUUAGAAAUACUACUUUGAAAAGAUAACAUUUAGUUUUGGGAUUUAAAAUUACAAUGAAAUAAAGUAAUAUCAAUUAUU